CUCCCCUUUCCCAGCCGCGCUCUCAAUCUCGAGCUCGCUCGCUCUCCCUCUCCCCGGGCCGUGGAAAGGAUCCCACUUCCGGUGGGGUGUCAUGGCGGCGUCUCGGACUGUGAUGGCUGUGGGGAGACGGCGCUAGUGGGGAGAGCGACCAGGAGGCCCCCUCCCCUCCCCGGGCCCCCCUCCCCCGCCCCCCUUCCCCCAGCCUCCUCGCCAACGCCCCCUUCCCCUCUCCCCCUCCCGACCGGGCACAGGCCACCCAUCCCCACCCCCGUGGGAACGUUCGGAGCCUGCACUCCUCAGACCCUCUCCUCGCCUCUUCCUUCACCUCAGCCCCCGCUCCCUGCCCUCUUCCCGGCCCUGGGCGCCGGCCGCCCGGUCCCUCCGCCGCCCCCCGGCUGCGGGGAGGACAUGGCCGCGCACAGGCCGGUGGAAUGGGUCCAGGCCGUGGUCAGCCGCUUCGACGAGCAGCUUCCAAUAAAAACAGGACAGCAGAACACACAUACCAAAGUCAGCACUGAGCACAACAAGGAAUGUCUUAUCAAUAUUUCCAAAUACAAGUUUUCUUUGGUUAUAAGUGGCCUCACCACUAUCUUAAAGAAUGUUAACAAUAUGAGAAUAUUUGGAGAAGCUGCUGAAAAAAAUUUGUAUCUCUCUCAGUUGAUUAUAUUGGAUACACUGGAAAAAUGUCUUGCUGGGCAACCAAAGGACACAAUGAGAUUAGAUGAAACGAUGCUGGUCAAACAGUUGCUGCCAGAAAUCUGCCAUUUUCUUCAUACUUGUCGUGAAGGAAACCAACAUGCAGCUGAACUUCGGAAUUCUGCCUCUGGGGUGUUAUUUUCUCUUAGCUGCAACAACUUCAAUGCAGUCUUUAGUCGAAUUUCUACCAGGUUACAGGAAUUGACUGUUUGUUCAGAAGACAAUGUGGAUGUUCAUGAUAUAGAACUGUUACAGUAUAUUAAUGUGGAUUGUGCAAAAUUAAAACGACUCCUGAAGGAAACAGCAUUUAAAUUUAAAGCCCUAAAGAAAGUUGCACAGUUAGCAGUUAUAAAUAGCCUGGAAAAAGCAUUUUGGAACUGGGUAGAAAAUUAUCCAGAUGAAUUUACAAAGCUGUACCAGAUUCCACAGACUGAUAUGGCUGAGUGUGCCGAAAAACUGUUUGACUUAGUGGAUGGUUUUGCUGAAAGCACCAAACGUAAAGCAGCAGUUUGGCCACUACAAAUCAUUCUGCUUAUCUUGUGUCCAGAAAUAAUCCAGGAUAUAUCCAAGGAUGUGGUUGAUGAAAACAACAUGAAUAAGAAGUUGUUUCUGGACAGUCUGCGAAAAGCACUUGCCGGCCAUGGAGGAAGCAGGCAGCUCACUGAAAGUGCUGCAAUCGCCUGUGUCAAACUGUGUAAAGCAAGUACUUACAUCAAUUGGGAAGAUAACUCUGUCAUCUUUCUACUGGUUCAGUCCAUGGUGGUUGAUCUUAAGAACCUGCUGUUUAAUCCGAGUAAGCCAUUCUCGAGGGGCAGUCAGCCGGCAGAUGUGGACCUAAUGAUCGACUGCCUUGUCUCUUGCUUCCGGAUAAGCCCUCACAAUAACCAACACUUCAAGAUCUGCCUGGCUCAGAAUUCCCCUUCUACAUUUCACUAUGUGCUGGUAAAUUCACUCCAUCGAAUCAUCACCAAUUCUGCAUUGGAUUGGUGGCCUAAGAUUGAUGCUGUAUAUUGCCACUCAGUUGAACUUCGAAAUAUGUUUGGUGAAACACUUCAUAAAGCAGUCCAGGGUUGUGGAGCACACCCAGCAAUACGAAUGGCACCGAGUCUUACAUUUAAAGAAAAAGUAACAAGCCUUAAAUUUAAAGAAAAACCUACAGACCUGGAGACAAGAAGCUACAAGUAUCUUCUCUUGUCCAUGGUGAAACUAAUUCAUGCAGAUCCGAAGCUCUUGCUUUGUAAUCCAAGAAAACAGGGGCCUGAAACCCAGGGCAGUACUGCAGAAUUAAUUACAGGGCUUGUCCAACUGGUCCCUCAGUCACACAUGCCAGAGAUUGCCCAGGAAGCAAUGGAGGCUCUGCUGGUUCUUCAUCAGUUAGAUAGCAUUGAUUUGUGGAAUCCUGAUGCUCCUGUAGAAACGUUUUGGGAAAUUAGCUCACAAAUGCUUUUUUACAUUUGCAAGAAAUUAACUAGUCAUCAAAUGCUUAGUAGCACAGAAAUUCUCAAAUGGUUGCGGGAAAUUUUGAUCUGCAGGAAUAAAUUUCUUCUUAAAAAUAAGCAGGCAGAUAGAAGUUCCUGUCACUUUCUCUUCCUUUAUGGAGUAGGAUGUGAUGUUCCUUCAAGUGGGAAUACCAGUCAAAUGUCCAUGGAUCAUGACGAAUUACUACGCACUUGUGCUCCUGGAACCUCUCUCAGGAAGGGGAAAGGAAAUUCAUCCAUGGAUAGUGCAGCAGGGUGCAGUGGAACCCCACCAAUAUGCCGACAAGCCCAGACCAAACUAGAAGUGGCCCUGUACAUGUUCCUGUGGAGCCCCGACACUGAAGCCGUUCUGGUUGCCAUGUCCUGUUUUCGUCACCUCUGUGAGGAAGCAGAUAUCCGGUGUGGGGUGGAUGAAGUGUCAGUACACAACUUCUUGCCCAACUAUAACACAUUCAUGGAAUUUGCUUCUGUUAGCAAUAUGAUGUCAACAGGAAGAGCAGCACUUCAGAAAAGAGUGAUGGCGCUACUACGGCGAAUUGAGCAUCCCACUGCAGGAAACACUGAGGCUUGGGAAGAUACGCAUGCAAAGUGGGAACAAGCUACAAAACUAAUCCUCAACUACCCAAAAGCCAAAAUGGAAGAUGGCCAGGCUGCUGAAAGCCUUCACAAGACCAUUGUUAAGAGGCGAAUGUCUCAUGUGAGUGGAGGAGGAUCCAUAGAUUUAUCUGACACGGACUCGCUACAAGAAUGGAUCAACAUGACUGGCUUCCUUUGUGCCCUUGGGGGAGUGUGCCUGCAGCAGAGAAGCAAUUCUGGCUUAGCAACAUAUAGCCCACCCAUGGGCCCUGUCAGUGAACGCAAGGGUUCCAUGAUUUCAGUGAUGUCCUCAGAGGGAAAUGCAGAUACACCUGUCAGCAAAUUUAUGGAUCGGCUGCUGUCCUUAAUGGUCUGUAACCAUGAGAAAGUGGGACUUCAAAUACGGACCAAUGUUAAGGAUCUGGUGGGUCUAGAAUUGAGUCCUGCUCUUUAUCCAAUGCUUUUUAACAAACUGAAGAAUACCAUCAGCAAGUUUUUUGACUCCCAAGGACAGGUUUUAUUGACUGACACCAAUACUCAGUUUGUGGAGCAAACCAUAGCUAUAAUGAAGAACUUACUAGAUAAUCAUACCGAAGGCAGUUCUGAACAUCUGGGGCAAGCCAGCAUUGAAACAAUGAUGUUAAAUCUGGUCAGAUAUGUUCGUGUACUUGGAAAUAUGGUUCAUGCAAUUCAAAUAAAAACAAAAUUGUGUCAGUUAGUCGAGGUAAUGAUGGCAAGGAGAGAUGACCUCUCAUUUUGUCAAGAGAUGAAAUUCAGGAAUAAGAUGGUAGAAUACUUGACAGAUUGGGUUAUGGGAACAUCAAACCAAGCGGCAGAUGACGAUGUAAAAUGUCUUACAAGAGAUUUGGACCAGGCAAGCAUGGAAGCAGUAGUUUCACUCCUGGCUGGUCUGCCGCUGCAGCCUGAGGAAGGAGAUGGUGUGGAGUUGAUGGAAGCCAAAUCACAGUUGUUUCUUAAGUAUUUCACAUUGUUUAUGAACCUUUUGAACGACUGCAGUGAAGUUGAAGAUGAAAAUGCACAAACAGGUGGCAGGAAGCGUGGCAUGUCUCGGAGGCUGGCAUCACUGAGGCACUGCACAGUCCUGGCAAUGUCAAACUUACUCAACGCUAACGUGGACAGCGGCCUCAUGCACUCCAUAGGCUUAGGUUAUCACAAAGAUCUCCAGACAAGAGCUACGUUUAUGGAAGUUCUGACAAAAAUCCUUCAACAAGGCACAGAGUUUGACACACUUGCAGAAACAGUAUUGGCAGAUCGUUUUGAGAGACUGGUGGAGUUGGUCACGAUGAUGGGUGAUCAAGGAGAGCUCCCUAUAGCCAUGGCUCUGGCCAAUGUGGUUCCCUGUUCUCAGUGGGAUGAACUUGCUCGCGUUCUAGUGACUCUGUUUGACUCUCGGCAUUUGCUGUACCAACUGCUCUGGAACAUGUUUUCUAAGGAAGUAGAAUUGGCAGACUCUAUGCAGACUCUUUUCCGAGGCAACAGCUUGGCCAGUAAAAUAAUGACCUUCUGUUUCAAGGUAUAUGGUGCUACCUACCUACAGAAACUCCUGGAUCCUUUAUUACGGGUUGUGAUCACCUCCUCUGAUUGGCAGCACGUCAGCUUUGAAGUGGAUCCUACCAGGUUAGAACAGUCAGAGAGCCUUGAGGAAAACCAACGAAACCUCCUUCAAAUGACUGAAAAGUUCUUCCAUGCCAUCAUCAGUUCGUCCUCCGAAUUUCCCCCUCAACUACGAAGUGUGUGCCACUGUUUGUACCAGGCAACUUGCCACUCCCUACUGAAUAAAGCUACAGUAAAAGAAAAAAAGGAAAACAAAAAAUCAGAAUCUAAGAAAACUAAGUUUUAUUUUGUAUAUGGCAAGCAUUUUGCUCAAGAAAUUCAAUUGUACCUGGGUAUACAACAAAAUGUGGUUAGCCAGCGUUUCCCUCAGAACAGCAUCGGUGCAGUAGGAAGUGCCAUGUUUCUCAGAUUUAUCAAUCCUGCCAUUGUCUCACCAUAUGAAGCAGGGAUUUUAGAUAAAAAGCCACCGCCUAGAAUCGAAAGGGGCUUGAAGUUAAUGUCGAAGAUACUUCAGAGUAUUGCCAAUCAUGUCCUUUUCACAAAAGAAGAGCAUAUGCGGCCUUUUAAUGAUUUUGUGAAAAGCAACUUUGAUGCAGCACGAAGGUUUUUCCUUGAUAUAGCAUCUGAUUGUCCUACAAGUGAUGCUGUAAAUCAUAGUCUUUCCUUCAUCAGCGAUGGCAAUGUGCUUGCUUUACAUCGUCUACUAUGGAAUAAUCAAGAGAAAAUUGGCCAGUAUCUUUCCAGCAACAGGGAUCACAAAGCUGUUGGAAGACGACCUUUUGAUAAGAUGGCAACACUUCUUGCAUACCUGGGUCCUCCAGAGCACAAACCUGUGGCAGAUACACACUGGUCCAGCCUUAACCUUACCAGUUCGAAGUUUGAGGAAUUUAUGACUAGGCAUCAAGUACAUGAAAAAGAAGAGUUCAAGGCUUUGAAAACAUUAAGUAUUUUCUACCAAGCUGGGACUUCCAAAGCUGGGAAUCCUAUAUUUUAUUAUGUUGCACGGAGGUUCAAAACAGGUCAAAUCAACGGUGAUUUGCUGAUAUACCACGUCUUGCUGACUUUAAAGCCAUAUUAUGCAAAGCCAUAUGAAAUUGUAGUGGACCUUACCCAUACUGGGCCUAGCAAUCGCUUUAAAACAGACUUUCUCUCCAAGUGGUUUGUGGUUUUUCCUGGCUUUGCUUAUGAUAAUGUCUCUGCAGUAUAUAUCUAUAACUGUAACUCCUGGGUCAGGGAAUAUACCAAGUAUCAUGAGCGGCUACUGACUGGCCUCAAAGGCAGCAAAAGACUCAUUUUCAUAGACUGUCCUGGGAAACUGGCUGAGCACAUUGAGCAUGAACAGCAGAAACUACCCGCUGCCACCUUGGCUUUAGAAGAGGACCUGAAGGUUUUCCACAAUGCUCUCAAGCUAGCUCACAAAGACACCAAGGUGUCUAUUAAAGUUGGUUCUACUGCUGUUCAAGUAACCUCUGCAGAGCGAACAAAAGUCCUAGGGCAAUCAGUCUUUCUAAAUGAUAUCUAUUAUGCCUCAGAAAUUGAAGAGAUCUGCCUGGUGGACGAGAACCAGUUCACCUUAACUAUUGCAAACCAGGGCACGCCGCUCACCUUCAUGCACCAGGAGUGUGAUGCCAUUGUUCAGUCUAUCAUUCACAUCCGGACACGUUGGGAGCUGUCGCAACCAGACUCCAUUCCCCAGCACACCAAGAUUCGGCCAAAAGACGUCCCUGGGACACUACUCAAUAUUGCAUUACUUAAUUUAGGCAGUUCAGACCCUAGUUUACGGUCAGCUGCCUAUAAUCUUCUGUGUGCCUUAACUUGUACCUUUAAUUUAAAAAUUGAGGGCCAGUUACUAGAGACGUCAGGUUUAUGUAUCCCAGCCAACAACACCCUCUUUAUUGUCUCUAUUAGUAAGACCCUGGCAGCCAAUGAGCCACACCUCACCUUAGAAUUUUUGGAAGAGUGUAUUUCUGGAUUUAGCAAAUCUAGUAUUGAAUUGAAACACCUUUGUUUGGAGUACAUGACUCCAUGGCUGUCAAAUCUAGUACGUUUUUGUAAGCACAACGAUGAUGCCAAGCGACAGAGAGUUACUGCAAUUCUUGAUAAGCUGAUAACAAUGACCAUAAACGAGAAACAGAUGUAUCCAUCUAUUCAAGCAAAAAUAUGGGGGAGCCUUGGGCAGAUCACAGACCUCCUUGAUGUUGUACUAGACAGUUUCAUCAAAACCAGUGCAACGGGUGGCUUAGGAUCAAUAAAGGCUGAGGUGAUGGCAGAUACCGCUGUAGCUUUGGCUUCUGGAAAUGUGAAAUUGGUUUCAAGCAAGGUUAUUGGAAGGAUGUGCAAAAUAAUUGACAAGACAUGCCUAUCUCCAACUCCUACUUUAGAGCAACAUCUUAUGUGGGAUGACAUUGCCAUCCUGGCUCGCUACAUGCUAAUGCUGUCCUUCAACAAUUCCCUCGACGUGGCAGCUCAUCUCCCCUACCUCUUCCACGUUGUUACUUUCUUAGUAGCAACAGGGCCACUCUCCUUGAGAGCUUCCACACAUGGAUUGGUCAUUAACAUCAUUCACUCUCUGUGUACUUGUUCACAGCUUCAUUUUAGUGAAGAGACCAAGCAAGUUUUGAGACUCAGCUUGACAGAGUUCUCAUUACCGAAAUUUUACCUGCUGUUUGGCAUUAGCAAAGUCAAGUCAGCUGCUGUCAUUGCCUUCCGCUCCAGCUACCGGGACAGGUCAUUCUCUCCUGGCUCCUAUGAGAGGGAGACUUUUGCUUUGACAUCCUUGGAGACAGUCACAGAGGCUUUGUUGGAGAUCAUGGAGGCAUGUAUGAGAGAUAUUCCAACAUGCAAGUGGCUGGACCAAUGGACAGAACUAGCACAAAGAUUUGCAUUCCAGUAUAACCCAUCCCUGCAACCGAGAGCUCUUGUUGUCUUUGGCUGUAUUAGCAAACGAGUAUCUCAUGGGCAGAUAAAGCAGAUUAUCCGUAUCCUCAGCAAGGCUCUUGAGAGUUGCUUAAAAGGACCUGAUACUUACAACAGUCAAGUUCUGAUAGAAGCUACAGUAAUAGCACUAACCAAAUUACAACCACUUCUUAAUAAGGACUCCCCUCUGCACAAAGCCCUCUUUUGGGUUGCUGUAGCUGUGCUACAGCUCGAUGAGGUCAACUUGUAUUCAGCAGGCACUGCACUUCUGGAACAAAACCUGCACACCUUAGACAGUCUCAGGAUAUUCAACGACAAGAGUCCAGAGGAAGUGUUCAUGGCAAUCCGGAACCCUCUGGAAUGGCACUGCAAACAAAUGGAUCAUUUUGUUGGACUCAAUUUCAACUCUAACUUUAACUUCGCACUGGUUGGACACCUCUUAAAAGGAUACAGGCAUCCUUCACCUGCCAUUGUUGCAAGAACAGUCAGAAUUUUGCAUACACUACUAGCUCUGGUUAAUAAACACAGAAAUUGUGACAAAUUUGAGGUGAAUACACAGAGCGUGGCUUACUUGGCAGCUUUACUUACAGUGUCUGAGGAAGUUCGAAGUCGCUGUAGCCUAAAACAUAGAAAGUCUCUGCUUCUUACUGAUAUUUCAAUGGAAAAUGUUCCUAUGGAUACAUAUCCCAUUCAUCAUGGUGACCCUAGCUAUAGGACACUAAAGGAGCAUCAGCCGUGGUCAUCUCCCAAAGCUUCUGAAGGGUACCUUGCAGCCAGCUAUCCACCUGCGGGCCAGACCAGUCCCCGAGCCAGGAAAUCUAUGAGCUUGGACAUGGGGCAGCCUUCUCAGGCCAACACGAAGAAAUUGCUUGGAACAAGGAAAAGUUUUGAUCACUUGAUAUCAGACACAAAGGCUCCUAAAAGGCAAGAAAUGGAAUCAGGGAUCACAACACCCCCCAAAAUGAGGAGAGUAGCAGAAACUGAUUAUGAAAUGGAAACCCAAAGGAUUUCCUCAUCACAGCAGCAUCCACAUUUACGCAAAGUUUCAGUGUCUGAAUCAAAUGUUCUUUUAGAUGAAGAAGUACUUACUGAUCCAAAGAUCCAAGCACUUCUUCUUACUGUUCUGGCUACACUGGUGAAAUACACCACAGAUGAGUUUGAUCAACGAAUUCUUUAUGAAUACUUAGCAGAAGCCAGUGUUGUUUUCCCCAAAGUUUUUCCUGUUGUGCACAACUUGUUGGACUCUAAGAUCAACACCCUGUUGUCAUUGUGCCAAGAUCCAAAUUUGUUAAAUCCAAUCCAUGGAAUUGUGCAAAGUGUGGUGUACCACGAAGAAUCCCCACCACAAUACCAAACAUCUUACCUGCAAAGUUUUGGUUUUAAUGGCUUAUGGAGGUUUGCAGGACCCUUUUCAAAGCAAACACAAAUCCCAGACUAUGCUGAGCUUAUUGUUAAGUUUCUUGAUGCCUUGAUUGACACGUAUUUGCCUGGAAUUGAUGAAGAAACCAGUGAGGAGUCCCUCCUGACACCCACAUCUCCUUAUCCUCCUGCAGUGCAGAGCCAGCUUAGUAUUACUGCUAACCUUAACCUUUCUAAUUCCAUGACCUCACUUGCAACUUCCCAGCAUUCCCCAGCUUCUCUGCCUUGCUCUAAAUCAGCAGUUUUCAUGCAGCUGUUCCCUCAUCAAGGAAUCGACAAGGAGAAUGUUGAACUCUCCCCCACCACUGGGCACUGUAACAGUGGACGAACUCGCCAUGGAUCCGCAAGCCAGGUGCAGAAGCAGAGAAGUGCUGGCAGUUUCAAACGUAAUAGCAUUAAGAAGAUCGUGUGAAGCUUUCUUUCUUUCCUUUUUCAAACAGACUUAACUGACAUGGGCUCUUCACUAGUGACCCCUCACCACCGUGCUGUGAUGCUGCACUUCAUGUUUCUAACGAGCCCAUCCAGUCUGCCAUGUUGCCAGAUGAUCAACUCUUGGAAGCAUUGCCUAAAUUUAAUGCUGCUUUUUUCUUUAACUUUUUUUUUUACUUUCGGUGUGUCUGGUUUAAGCAAGUGUUCAGAACAGCUGCAAAGAGAGUGGGCAGUCAGGACACUUGACCUGAGAACAUCCCAAUUGUGAGAGGAUGAAUUCUUGAAUACUGCUACUACUGGCCAGCUAUGAAAGCCAUUUGCACAGAGCUCUGCCUUCUAUGUUUUCCCCUUCUUCAACAUACAAAGUAAAGUGUUAGUCUUAUUUACACACUUUUCAAGAUAGAAGUUUAUGGGAGAAAUAAUAUUAUAACCCCAGUAUGUUUAAUCUGACUUUUAGCUGUGGACUUUUUUUUACCUUACAAAACUGAAGAACCAUAGAGGUCAAGCCUCAGUGACUUCACACCAUAAAGCCACAGGCAAGCGUAAUGAAGGGAGUGAAUUCACUUGAAGUACCUCAUGAAGUGAUCUGCAUUGCAUAAAUCAGAACUGAACCUUCUUUGAAUUGCAGAAAUACUUUUGAUCAGUACAUCCUGGAAAUUUGAAAACUUAUUAAGGUUUAAGGUUCACCUUGUUUAAAGAACUUCUGACUUUUGAGGAAAAUCUAGCUUUCCAAGAAACUAAAAUGAACAUGAGGUAAAUCUCACCAAUAUGUUUCCCUGGGAGAAAUGAAACUCUUUUUUAGGCCUCAUACUUACAACCUGCACAAGAAAUUCUGAAGUUUACAGCAGGUUGCCUAUUCUGCAUAAUCUGAUGUAAGUUCUAUAAAGUAAUUUGGGUUUGUAGAUGUUUCCCCUGACUUUUUUAAAGGGAAAACAUUAACUCACCAUUUCUUUGUCGUGAUCUCCCUGCUUUAUCACCCCCACUGUCCCAGGGGUGUGCUCUUCUUUGCCAGCCUUGAGACCUGGUUCUCUAGCUUUGGGGGACAUGGCCAGUGCUCUCUCCUGCAUCCACGCAGCACCUGUCGUUACUAGGGGCCGGCUCCAUGCAGGUCCUAGGCCAGGGCUGAGGACACCAGAGAGAACGGCCAGGGGACGAUGCCCUGGGGGAGACGGAGUGAAAGCCGGCAACCUGCCUUGCUGAGUGGGUUUUAGGGUUCUCAGUUUCGUUUUGGCUUUUCUGUUUGUUUUCGGGUUUUGUUUUUACAUCCCACCCCUAACCCAGGCAUAAUGAGGCAUGUCUUAUUCAAUGUUAUGCAAUGGACUUAUACAAAAAUUCACUCUUAGUGUCAGCCACACAGUUUUUUUUUUUAAUGCAGUAUAUUCACCUGUAAAUAAUUUGUGUAAAAUUUGACAGAAAAGUAUAUUUACUACACUGUAAAUACAUGUGAUGAUAUAUUGUAUUAUUUUGCUUUUUUGUAAAGCAGUUAGUUGCUGUACAUGGAUAACAAACAAAAAAUUUGAUUAUUCUCGUGUUAGUAUUGUUAACUUCUUCCUGCGACUGCGUUACAUCAUUUAAAGAAAAUGCUGUGUAUUGUAAACUUACAUUGUAUAUGAUAACUUCCUCUCUCUUCUGUUCAGGCCCAAACUCUGGCCGUUCCCUUGUCUACAGCCUCGUUAAUAUUGUAAGCAGUUGUACGCCAGCAGGAGAAGUACUGCCCAACAGACAAAACCCACCAUUGUAGAGGAGACUGUAGAAAUCCAUUUCAGAUCACUGUUGUUCCCGUCCCAUUCUCCCCCCUGUGUAUGUACUCCUCCCCCUUUUUUUAAGUAAAAUGUAAAUUCAAUCUGC